AUGGAUACUGGACGGUUCCGUUACUACGUUGUGAGGAGAGGAAGAAAGCCAGGCAUUUACACCUCGUGGGAAGAAUGCAAUCAACAAGUGUAUGGCUUCAAGGGGAGUCAGUACAAGGGCUUCAUGGUAAGGCGCGAGGCGGAGUCGUGGUGGAGUUUGCCAAGACAAGACCCCAACGGUGAUAACACUGUACAUGAGGCUCAAGAGUUGGCGGUAAGCUUCGGAGAUCUGAAGGUUGGAGAGUGUGUCAACGUUACGGGAGACGGGAGCAGCGGAUCUGGCACCGCGGCGACCGAGUUGCUGCUUCAUGAGCCAGACAUGGAGAAAUUGCUGUUAAGGGUUUGUGUUCAGCUUCAGGUUGGUCCGCCAGUCUUUUUCCUGCGUGACAGCUUCCGUAGCGAAGGAAAGAAGUAUCAUGGGUUUGGGGUUUCUUUGCAAAGUACUGCGAAGGGGAUUAACUUCUUCGAGUCUGGAAGGUUGUCGACUGAUGAGCGAUUGGCAAGGCAGGAUGCCGCCUUCAUCACUUUGGAGAGGCUCCUGGAGGAGGCGGAGGUGAAAAUAUUCGACUUUAAUAUCCAAGUCGUUCUUCGAUACAAGGAAGCGCUUGCUGAGGCACAGCGGGUGGCAAGGUUGUCAGUCACGGAGCAUGUAAUGAUGCUGGAGGAAGAGAACGAUGAGCUGAAGCAAAGGUUGGGACUCUACAACCAGAUGUUCAUGUAG